AUGAACGCACACUCCAAGAGCCCCGGCAGCCCGCUGCAGCCAACGCCGGUGGCCGAGGAGGACCGCGCGCUGCAGUCGCUGGUUGAAUCGGGCAUCAGGGGCUCCCUGGCGUGCCUGUUUGCGUAUGCGCUCAACGUGAAUCUGCUGGAGGCCUUCCACUUUGACGCGGCAGACGCAGCCCUGGGCCUAGAGGUGGCGGCGCCCCUGGUGCUGCUUGACGCGCUGCUGCUGCUGCCGGAUGGCGCCCGCAUGGCCUCAGCCGGCUCCGCCUCGCCCGACGGCCCCGCCAGCGCUGUUCUGCGCGUGGUGGGCUCCGCGCUGUCGCUGGCUCAGGAGGAGCGCGCUCGCUUCGGCUUGGUGGGGGCCGCGCCGCCCGCACAGCGCGCUGCUCUGCUGGCGGCCUCUCAGCUGAGUGAGGAGCUGCUGUCGCGCGGCGUCAUCCUGGGCUUUGCGGCGCUGUGGGCUUCCAACAGGCUGUCUGAGGCGGGUCUGGGGGAGGAGACGUUGGGCGCCGGAGGGCCACUGCUAAGCGAGGCCCUGCGGUGGGCCAUCGCAGCCGUUAUCGUGGUGGCCACUGGGAUGAGGUACAGCCACCACGCCAGUGACGAGGUGACUGCGAUUCAGGCGCGGCGGCGCGCGGCAGAGGCAGAGGCUGCAUCCCGCGCCUCCCUGCUGCGCUAUCAGCCGCUGCUCGACCAGGAGCAGCAUCGCGCGGCGCUGGCCCGCGAGGCGGCGACCGCCUCCGAUGCUGGCCGCGCAGGGGAGGCGCUGGCCCUGGGCGCGCACCUCCUUCUUGGGGGCCGCUUCAUGCUGUGCGCUGCGGCGGCGUACGGCGCCUACCUCUGGACCGACAACCUGCUGGCCUCCUUCACGACGGGGCUCGCGCUGCAGCUCGCCAGCAGCAGCCUCACCUCCGCCGCCGCCGGCCUUCGGGGCACACAGGAGUGA